CUUUAAAUCUUUUAAUUAAUUCUUUGCUUUCUUUAUUUCUGGUAACAGUAUCAUACCCAAACUAAAAUUACGGAGUAUUAUAUUUAUAUUAUAUUCUCCCCACGUUUUAGACUAACCUCACCUCUUCUAUCUACUCUAUAUAAUUAAUUUUUUAUAAUUAAACUUACAUUUUUAUGCAUAUAUAUAUCCUUCACAUAUUUAAGUUGAAGGUGAAAUUAAAGAAGCAGAAUUUGAGAAUGGGUUCAAGGGUCUGUUUGGCUGUUUUGUUUGUGAAGUUUCUGUUGGGUUUCGGCUUUCUCUUCUCCACUGGCGGCUUCGGCGGCGUCGACGCCGUACCUUUGAAGGUGUUUGACGUUCGGAAUUACGGUGCAAGAGCAGACGGAAAGACUGAUAAUGCCAAGGCAUUUUUGGGAACUUGGAAAGAUGCAUGUGAAUGGAAUGGGGAAGCAACCCUAAGUAUACCUCAAGGGGAAUACAUGGUUGGAUCUUUAAGCUUUGUAGGACCGUGCAAAGGGUCAGUCAAAGUCAACGUGGAAGGGAUAGUCAAGGCUCCGACGGACCCUAAGCUGUUCUUUGGGGACACUUGGAUCGAUUUCCGUUACGUUAACGGCUUAGUGCUCGAAGGCGGAGGGACUUUUGACGGACAGGGCGCCUCCGCUUGGCGUUAUAAUGACUGUAGCAAGAACCCUAAUUGCCCUAAACUCCCUGCUUCAGUGGGGUUCGCUUUUGUGAACAAGACCACAGUCCAAAACAUCAACUCAAUCAACAGCAAAAACUUACACUUCAACGUCUUUGCAUGCAACUACAUGGUCUUCAACAACGUGACUGUGACGGCGCCCGGCGACAGCCCGAACACCGACGGCAUCCACAUCGGGAAGUCCGCGAACGUCCGAAUCUCCCGGUCGGUCAUCGGGACCGGGGACGACUGCAUCUCGAUGGUGUCGGGGAGCGAGAACAUCACCGUGAGCGACGUGACGUGUGGGCCCGGCCACGGCAUCAGCAUCGGGAGCAUGGGGAAGUCGGAGGACGAGUUUGUGAGGGGGGUCCACAUAAAGAGUUGCAGGUUUUUGGGCACCCAAAAUGGAGUGAGGAUCAAGACUUGGGCACCCUCUUACCCAAGCAAAGUUGACAAUGUUGUUUUUGAAGAUGUUGUCAUGACAAAUGUCAAUAACCCCAUUUUCAUUGACCAGCAGUAUUGCCCUUCUCCUCCUUGUAGCACUCAGGCGAGCUCAGUUCAGAUAAGAAACGUGACGUUCCAAAAAAUAAGGGGGAGUUCAAGUUCAAGGGAAGCAGUGAUACUGAACUGCAGCAAAAAAUACCCAUGCCAAGAAGUGAAGCUUAUAGACAUCAAUUUGGAGUACAACGGUCGCAACGGGCCCGCCACUUCCUCGUGUUCCAACGUUCGUGGAAACGCCCUUGGCCAACAGCUUCCUCCUGUGGGCUGUCUCCUCUAAAACUCAAACUUAGUUUCAUUA